AUGUACCCAUUACCAGAUACCAAAAGGGAAUAUCCCAAACCGAUCAAGUUACCGUUAGAAGAAAGCAAUAAUUCGACGCUAAGUCACCAGCUGGGUAGAUCCUCCAGUGACGAUUCAUCAACUGGCAUUGUCAAUAUUAAUCCGCAGCUUUUGAGUUUAGCGGGUGGGAAGUACAAUGUUGUCAGUCGAUCACCGCUGAACGUCGCACAAUCUGUGCAAAAUACGAAGUUGUCCCAAAUUCAUUUUGCUGUACCGACUGCAAAAGACAGUUUGAUGUACGAGCUCAGCAGUUUUCUAUCUAAGCCUAGUUCACUUCGUGGAAAGGCACAUUCAUGUGAAAACCUUCGACCAAACGGACUGAUACGAAAAAGCAAUAUGUCAAGUGUUGAAAGCGACUUUCUCUGCAGACCUACCGUAGUAAACUCUGAAGAAAAGGGUGACGCGUCACGUGCUAAAAUUGCGGCUUACGAGACAGAAUUGCAAACACUACGUGAAGAGUUGACGAGACGUUCUAUGGAAGUAGAACAGAUGUCACAGGAGCUUUUGAAUGUUAAACGAAAAGAAAAGAUAAUGCAGUCACGUCUAAAUGAUUCAGUUUACACUGAAUCGGUGAAAGAAGACACAUUUCACAAUCUUAAAGACAAAAUUGGUGAACUCUAUGCAGAUCUUGAAUCCUUACGUUGUGCACAUACACAGGCGCUUGAUCGGCAAGUUGAUCUGCAAGAGGAAAUCGCUGCUCUUCGAAGAUCCUGUGAUUGGUAUGCCGAGCAGUUAAGACUCACACAAUCGGGCAGGGAUAAAUUGUGCUCGGAAAAUGGAAAAUUACAGUCACUGUUGCAAGAAAGGGGUGAGAUUAAUCACCGCCUUACUCACGAGAAUAAUUGUCUUCAGGCACAAUUAGUUUGUGCCCAAGCAGCUUCGGCAACGGCAAAACGAAAUCUGUCGGCACAACUAGAUGCCAUUCGUAUAGAUAUGAUAGAACGUGAAGCUAUCUUCGAAAGGUUCUCUGCUGAGCGUGCCUCUCUGGAGAAGCUAAAUAUGGAACGGGCCGGGCAAGUGAGUGCACUGCAACAUAAGGUUGAAAAUUUGCAAACAGAACUACAACUUGCUGAGGAGCAAAUAGCACGCCAACGCAAUAGGUUGAAUUACUUGGAAGGCUAUGCGUCUUCAGCGGAUUUGCGACAAACAGAGCUUCAGAGUAAGUUGAUCCAAAUUGAACACAAACACCAACAGCAGCUUGCGGAGGACCAACAGUCGUUUGAAACCUCGGGAAACUAUUCGGUGACAAUGAAGCAGAUGGAAGCUCUUCAACGAGUAUGUGAAGAGAAAGAUCAAGCUCUAACGCUUAUAGCAGAAGAAAAAGCAUCACUAGAAUCAGAAUUAAACGCGGCCUAUAGAGAGAAGGACACAUUGAAUGUUUAUUUGGAACAGUUACGAAAGAACCUAGUUCGCAUCGAGGAAAGUUUCGAUAGAGCUCGAUGCGAGCUGGAUUCAAAACAGGCGCAACUCAUGGACCUGGCGGAUCAACGAAAUAGCUUACACCAACAGAUUGAGGAGCUGAAACAGCAAUUAAGUGAUUUAAUGAAGUCAGCGGCACAAUCAAAACAGGAGGAUACAAGGCCAGCAGAGGCUCAGCCAGACGACUGCUCAUUUGCGGCCCAGGACGAAAAUUCAAAAGUCGUUGUGUCUGCGGAAGUUGCGAUUCAGACGGAAUUCAGUACAGUUCCACCUGCUCAGCACAUUCAGGUAGCCAGCUAUUUUAAUCGAAUCGAUUCUAACUCCGUCAUGGUCAAUGUCCCUCUUGGACGAAAUACACCAACAUCAUGGGAUUUUAUGCGUUCAGAACCGUCCCUUGCCACAUCUGAGCAUCCUUUGGAUGAACGAUUUUCACAUGUUGGAAAAAUAUCUGCUCUGUACCAAUCAAAUGUUCUCGAUGGACAGACUCAUUGUUUGGCGAUCCCGACGAACAAUGUUGCCAACCAAUCAUCUGAAACCGUUGUCGAGCAGGAUAACUCAGACAGCUUGCUGAAGAAACCUAACAGAAAUCAAGAAUUGUACCAUCUUCCAGGUCUUGUUUGUCAAUCUAACUGGGAUGCUGUUUCAGGUCUGGCUCUAUUGUCCUCCGAACGUUCUUACACUAGAUCGUCGGUUGUGUCGACACCGUACGAGGGAGAUCAACAGUCGUAUGACAAAAUACACGAGGUCUCCACUGAAAAAUCAUUGCAGUCGGCCGGUAAGCUGGCGGGUGUUCAAAUACUCGACGAACUGCCAACAGAAAAGUCAUGCAUUUGUCCAGUGUCUCCGUCAGGCAUGAAUUCGAAGACGGUUGUUUUUGGUGAACCCGGCUUAAACGAUGCCGUCAGAAUAGACUUAAACUUUGAGGCAAUGGAAUCGGGAUUACAUACCCAAGCUGCCGUUUCACACCUCACCACAGAAACCUAUGACUAUCCACCUAACGGUGUGGAUCAUUCUUCCGAUCGAAACACUGUACCGUACGAUUAUAUGGAACACUGUGAGGCUGCUGACGGUAUACAAUCACCUGUUGGUGUUGUCACCCAAUGUGCUUCCGAAGGGUGUGACUAUUCUGAGGAUUCCGGUCCUAAUAACCAACCACAGUUGUCGGCCUCAAAUCUUCAUUAUGACGAUCAGUUCUCGCAAACUUGUGAGCCGCCUUAUUUCGAACGUGUCGCGUUGUCUCCUUUGAAUGCAUUAGAAGCACAGGUAAGCUCAUGCCGCUCCGAAAGCAUCAAUCCGAACGGUGAUCCGUCCGUUGGCCAUAUGUAUCAAAAUCUGUCCGGGGACGGUCAUGCCUUUGGAAAAACUGAUACACACGAGAAGUUGAAGGAUACUAGUUCAGUUACAGCCACAAGUGCUAGGAAUGUGGAGAAUCAUUUGCACGAUACAGUUGGACCGUGUGUACCAAAUAUCGUUAAUAGAGCAGAAAAUGUACAGGUGAAAUCCGCUUUUGGAGCCCCAAGUGUAAUAGCUAGUGAUGAACACCCGUUUAUGAAGGCUCCAUCCAAGAACAGUUUGAUGAUUGAUGCAUCCGGCUGCUUCCAUAAUGGGAUUGAUCGAAUUCCCGGACGUGAUGCCCUUUUGGAGGCAUUGAAUGAAGCCAACCAGAAGGCUGCAGAGGCCAUCUCCAAUUUGCUAGCUGCUCAAAAGGAAACCGAGGUGCAAAACGCCACCAUCGAGAGAGAAACCCGUAUUCGUCAGCAAGCUGUUAAGGCACAUCAACAGACCGUUUUGGAAUUAAAUGCCACUAGAACGAGGUUGAAUGAGUUGCAAUCGGAACUGGAGUCACUUCGGAAUCAAACACAAAAUCUGCGCACAGAAUCAACUGCACUGCGCGAACGCCAAAAUGCGUGCACUUCUGCACAUGCACUCGAACUAGAAGCACUACGGUCGAUUAUCAAGGCAACAACGGAUCAUGUAGCUUCAAUGUCUCUAUCCCUGAAGAAGGCCAACGAAGAUAAACUUCAGUUACAAAAGGAAUUAGCGCACAUCAAAGGAGGUAUCCGGGCGCAACUCGAGCGCUAUCGACUGUUUGGUCCCACCAAAUCGGUCGAUUGGACGGGCGAGGAAAACCAAACUAAUUCUAUGACAUCUGUUAGCUUAGAUGUCCACAAAUUGGAAAGCUUGAUAGGGGAAAAUACUACUCUACCCGUAUUCAAUAGCAAACCUCUUACCGGACUGAAUAAGUGUUUCGAUACGCUGCAGAUGGAAAUAUCAAGUCUCGAGGAACAGAUUGUACAACAUGCGAUAGCUGUGCGCAAUUGUGUCAAUGGUUCGGUGAAAUCCGAAAAUGAAGUCAUUCCUGCCGCAGACGGUGUGGCACAAUUCUGUGAUCGGGAACCAUGA